UCUAAAGCUGCAAGCCGCACUCAAUUCUCAGAGAGAGAGAGAGAGAGAUUGCCAAGCGAUUAGAAGAAAGUUAGGGUAUCGUCAACGCCGGUUCACUGUUAAUUUAGGGUUUCAUCUUCUUGAGAUAGAAGAUCGCCAUGAACAUUUUCAAGAAGAAAACCUCUCCCAAAGAUGCACUCAGACAGAGCAAAAGAGAAAUGGCGGUUGCGACAAGAGGUAUCGAACGUGAGAUUGCAUCUCUGCAACUGGAGGAAAAGAAAUUGGUGGCAGAGAUCAAAAAGGAGGCUAAGACUGGAAAUGAGAAAGCCACAAGAAUCCUGGCUCGCCAACUCGUUCGGUUGCGCCAACAAAUUACAAACUUGCAAGGAAGCCGUGCCCAAAUCAGAGGUGUAGCAACUCAUACACAGGCGUUGUAUGCCAGUACCUCGAUUUCGACGGGGAUGAAGGGUGCAACGAAAGCAAUGGUAGCAAUGAACAAGCAAAUGGCACCAGCGAAGCAAGCAAAAGUGAUUAGGGAGUUCCAGAAGCAGUCUACACAACUGGACAUGACGAUUGAGAUGAUGUCAGAGUCUAUUGAUGAAACCCUGGACAAAGAUGAGGCUGAAGAGGAAACAGAGGAGCUCACUAACCAGGUUCUUGAUGAGAUUGGUGUCGAUAUUGCUUCACAGUUAUCCUCGGCUCCUAAAGGUCGGAUAGCAUCAAAGAAAAUUGAAAAUGUUGUUCCAAGUUCUGAGUCUACCGAUGUUGAAGAUCUAGAGAAGAGGUUGGCUUCCCUUCGACGCAUUUGACCUGUCAAACAGAAACCAACCUUGAAAUAUAUUCUUUUAUGUAAAUCCUCCAAAGUUAGAGACAUUGCAUGCAUGAAGAGUAUUAGUUAUGAUAGGUGUUCUGUACUUCAUCAUAUAUAAAAGUUACCAUAGUAUAUAUUCAUUUAGAAGCACGUCCGUUACUCGUGAUCUGAGAUGAGCCCGAUGUUGGGUUUUACUCUGUUGUUUAUUUGGCUCAGAUGUAUUAGGACAAGCGCAUUCUAAUGCAUAUAGUUCUCAAAAUGAGCCCGAUGAUGCUUCUUUGAUCAA